AUGUUAAUUACAUUUGUUGUGGAUACAAGUGGAUCAAUGUCACAAAAAACUACAAAUGGAAUGACAUUAUUAGAUUGUAGUAAAGCAGCGAUUGAACAUUUUAUAAAGAUUAGAUCAAAAGAUGCAUCAAUGAGAAAUGAUAGAUUCUUUUUGAUUACAUCAGAAGAGAAUCCAAUAACAGCAGUUAAAAUUGGGUGGAAAGAUAAUUUCAAUAGUUUUAUACAAGAAGUUAAGAAUUUACAAACCAAAGAUAUGUCAAAUUUAGGAUUUUCACUUCAAAAAUCAUUUGAUUUCUUAAAUCAAUUUAGAGUGCAAUCAUCAAUCGAUAACUAUGGCCAAGGUAGAAAUCCAUGGUUUAUCGAGCCUGCAAUCAUCAUACUAUUGACUGAUGGAAGUUCAUUAACCAACAGCUCUAGUAUUAUUGAAAAUUUUACAUUACCAAAAACUCAAUUUCAUUUAAAUAGUGAUCCAACGUCAGAACCAUUCAGAUGGGAUCAAAGAUUAUUCUCUAUCGUUUUGAAAUUUGGUGGUAUAAGUAGUAAUAAGAGUUUACCAUUACCCAUGGAACCAGCGAUCGCACCAAUGUGUGAUGUUACAGGUGGUAGAUGUCAAGUUGCAACCAAUAUGAAGACAAUGAUUCAACAAGUGGAAGGUUUAAUGCAAAAGUUACAAGGUGGUGUAGUUGUAAGCUUUGAACCAUUGGUAAACCAACAACAAGCACAAGCACAAGCACAACAACUACUACCACCACCACCAUUAUCAUUGCACAAGAUGUUAUAUGUUAGACAGCAAGUUGGGUUUUGGCCAAUACCAGAGGGUUAUUAUCCUGAUAUCACCUCAUUAUCACUACCGAUGAGAUUGGCUCAUCCAGUGAUACGAUAUAGUAUCAUCGAGGCCGAUACUCACAUUCCAGAGAAUUUCCCAUUCGAUAAAUAUGAAUUGGAACCAUGUCCAUUGACACAAUAUCUACUCACAAAUAAAAUUCAAUGUACUCAUGUAUUCAUGAUGAACAGUUUACAAGUUUCAGGUCAAGGUGAACCAUUUGGUUGUUUACGUUUAAACUCUGCUGGUAAUAGUGUCAAUCUAUUCGUAUUUCCUUAUAAUUUCCCAAGACUAUGGAUUUUAUUAGAGGAUUUAACUACAACCUUUAAAAUGAUGCCUUCACAAAAGUGGAAACAAGAGUUUGAGGGUUACUUAUUAUCAAUACCACCCUACUAUAUUAAUCCAUUAAGAGGUGCUUUGAAAAGAUUUUGUUCUUUAAAUUUAAUACCUGAUAAUAUCGAUAGUCAAUUUAUAAAUUUCAUAAAUAAUACAAUUAAAAAAAUAAAAUCACAAUCAAUUUCAAAGAUGGAAUCUGAAAGAAUUAUAAAUUCAAAACAACAACAACAGCAACAACAACAAUUCUCUCAUCAACAACAAUUUCAACAAUUUCAACAAAAACAAGCUCAACAAUAUGAUUCAUCUCCAUCAUCACCCUCAUCAUCACCAUCAUCCUCCUCCUCUAAUACAAGUGGAAUUGGUAGUUCAAGUGGUAGUGGUAAUUUAGCAACAAAGAAAAAGAGUUUUCAUCAAAUUUUAGAUCAAGGUUAUUCAAGUGAUAUUUUAUCAGAAUUAAUUCAACAAGAUAAUGAAACAUCUGAAAAUUCAGAGUUAUCACAAGAAUUAUCAGAAUCUUCAACAACUGGUAGUAGUGGUGGUGGUAGUUCUUCAAAUAUAAAUAUUUUACAAAGAAAUGUAUUUGAUAUUGGUAGAGUUCAAUUAUUAAAUCAAUUAGAUAAAAUGAAAGAUCAUAUAUUUAAAAAGAAAAUUCAAAAAGAUGAAUCAAAACAUCAUUUGCCAAUAUCACAAAUGGGUAAUUAUCAUGAAACUAUUGGUAAACGUGAAACUUUAAGAGAUAUUGAUGAUGAUAAGAAACCAAACACUCCUCUAUUUGGUAAUCCCUAUAGAAAAGAGAAAUCAAAUCAAAGAUAUAUGUCAAUUGAUGAAGCUGAUGAAGGUGGUAAUUUAACUUCUGAUGGUGAAGGUAAAAAUAAAUUAACUCCAAAUAAAAGAAGAAGAUUAUCUGGUAGAGGUUAUCCAUCUUUACCAACAUUAAAUUCUUUAUCAAAUACAUCAACAACUACUUCUACUACUACUACUACUACUACUACUACACCAGCAACUUCAACAAAUACAACAAUAACAUCAUCAUCAUCAUCAUCAUCAUCAUCAUCAUCAUCAUCAUCAUCAUCAUCAUCAUCAUCAUCAUCAUCAUCAUCAUCAUCAUCAUCAUCAUCAUCAUCAUCAUCAUCAACAAUCACAUCCUCACCACCAACAACAUCUACAAAUCCAUUAUUACAACCAACAACUGCAUCAAUAACAACUUCCACAGUACCUAUACCUUCAACGACUGUAUCAUCACCUAUAACUAACACAUCAAUAAUUACUACUAAUAUACAUAUUCAACCAACACAAAUAUCAUCACCACCACCAUUAUCUUCAUCAUUAGCAAUAAAUCAACCAACACAAACAUCAUCUGUAAUUAGUUCAUCAUCAUCACCACCACCACCACCACCACCACCACCACUACCAAUUGUUAAUAAUAAUAAUGUAAUACCAUCAAGUCUUGUACAAGUUACCAAUAAUAAUAAUAACAUACCUACUGUACCUGUUAAUAAUAUAUCACCACCUACUUCAACCAUUUCGAGUCCAAAUAAUCAACACCUAUUACCAACUCCACCAAAUAUCAAUAAUACAUCAAUAUCCACAACAAAUGUACCUAAUAUUUCUACCACCACAUCAAAUGAAUCGAUUAUAUCACAACCAAUAUCACCAACUCAUAAGAAUAUAGCGGGAGUUGUAAGACCAUUCAGACCAAAUUCGCCACCAUUAACUAUUGAUACAUUAACAUCAUCAUCAUCGUCAUCAACAAUACCAACGACAACCAAUGGUUCUUUAUCAACUCAUGAUACACCAAAUACAUCACCAACUUUAUCAUCUAUAAAUUAUAAUAAUAAUAAUAAUAAUAAUAAUAAUAAUAAUAAUAAUAAUAAUAAUAAUAAUAAUAAUAAUAAUAAUAAUAAUAAUAGAAAGAAUUCAAUAAUAACAACUACAACACCAAAUAAUGAAACUAAUAAUAUUAUUAAAUUUGUACAUAAAGAAAUUAGAAGGCCAACAAAAGAUAAUCAUGAUAUUAUCAUUCAACAACUUUCAAAACUAUUUUCAAUUUUAAGUGAUGGUAAUCUUCGAUUAAAACUAUUAAAAGAUACUAUCAAUUUAGCAAAAGAAUAUAAAAAAUCUUCUUUAAUUUCAAAAUUAAUUGGUUAUAUUGAUCAAAUAAAAUAA